AUGCAAUACCAAUAUAUAUUUCUUAUUUUUAUAUCUAUUUAUGUCGGCAUAUUAAAUAGUUUAAAUAUUCGUGAAAAUGCAACGACAAAACUACCAACAUCAUCAUCAUCACCUAUUAUAAAUCCCUAUCAUGCUCAUGAUCACAUAGUUAAUCCUCAUAAUUUUUCUUAUAUACAUAAUCCGGGAUAUACAGUAUGUAAUAAUAGUAAUUCAUCCGUUUAUAUAUUGGUUUAUGUUCAUUCUGGUCCAACAAAUUAUCAACGUCGUGUUGUUAUACGUGAAACUUGGUCAACACGAACAUUAUUUCCUGAAUUACGUCUUGUUUUUAUGAUUGGUAAAACUCUUGAUAAAAAUGUAAUGAAAGCUAUUGAUUAUGAAAAUGAAUUAUAUCAAGAUAUCGUUCAAGAAGAUUUUAUUGAUGCAUAUAAAAAUUUAACAUACAAAGGUGUUAUGGCAUUAAAAUGGAUAUCAACAUAUUGUCCACAAACAAAAUAUGUUUUAAAAGUUGAUGAUGAUAUUGUUGUUAAUACAUUCACAUUAGUAAAUCAUUUAAAAUUCUUAGAUAAACAUACUCCAAAUAAACAAAAUACCAUACUUUGUUUAUUAUGGCAAGCAAUGGGUGUUAUGAGAGAUAGUAAAUCAAAAUGGUAUUUAAGUAAAGAAGAUUUUCCGUUGGAUAAAUUUCCACCAUAUUGUAGUGGAUCGGCAUUUAUUCUAACCGGAGACAUGCCCGCAAAAAUGUACAAUGCUAGUCUUUAUGUGCCAUUCUUUUGGGUCGAUGAUUAUUAUAUAACUGGAGCUGUAGCUACGGCUGCUAAUGUGACAUAUGCUCAACUUGGUUCGCUGUAUACUAUACCACAACAGUUAGCACAUACACGUUUUAUGUCAUCGAAAUCAUUUUAUACAAUUAUGUUCGGACAUUUUCCUGGUUCAAUGAAUAAUAUGCGUGAAAUUUGGCGUCGAAUAUUAACGAUGCAAAAAUAUAAAUUUCCAGCUCGUGUAGAUUUAUUUACAUUUAGUUGGGAUGAAACAAUACAUCACAAUGACAAAAAUCAAUAA